CCUAAAAUUCCUUGGUUGUUCGUGGUUCGUAGUAGCCAGUUGGCAAAGGCACAGGCAUUAAUGUCUGCGCAAUGUCCAUCACAUUUAUCUCGCAUGCGGUGAGUGAGAGAGGGAUGUAAGAAUUCAUGGCAGACCGGGCAUCACGAACUCCAUAGUACUGUACUCCUCCUCCUCUUCUCCUACUAGAUUGGAGCAGCGCGGAGCUUCUCUCGAUCGAUCGAUAGCUCUACUGCAAUGGGCUCGUCCGGGGGAUUGAUCUUCAUCGCCGCCGCGGUCAUGGCGGCGUCCGCGGCCACGAUGAUCCACUCCAAGAAUGUGGAUUGCACCGAGCAGAUCGAGAAGAUGCAGCCGUGCCUGGCGUUCGUGGAGAACCAGGUGAGCAUCCCCGGAUCCGACUGCUGCAAGGCGCUGCUGUCCGUGCACUUGAACAGCCCGGUGUGCCUCUGCAAGCUCCUCUCCAGCUCCAGCUCCAUGUCCUCUCCCGCCGGCGUUAACGUCUCCAGCGCGAUGCUCCUCCCCAGCAUCUGCGAUGUCCACACCAAUGCCUCGCGAUGCCCCGGACUUCUCGCUGGAGCGCCGGAGCCGUCUGAUGGGAAUCGCAAAGCUUCGUCCGAGGAUCUAGCUUCCGGGAGCCAAAGGCUGGUCUGGAGCUGGAUGUGGAGCACUGUCGCGGCGGUCCAGAUCCUUUUUUCCAUGCUUUAGAAAAGAUAGAAUCCACACAACAGUGUAAUAGAUAGUUCUAAUACAUCACUUACGCUUGCUCUAGGUAGGUUUAGGGUUUAUCCCUCCUCUUCUAUGCGAUGGACUCGAGCGCGAUGAAAUCCGCGCUGCAGGAGCUCUUCGAUCUGUAUCUCGGGAGGAACUCUAGCGUCAAAGGCGAAGGAGCCGGAGGGAGAGAGAAUGCGACUAAGCAACGAAAGAAAGCUUCCACUAAACCGCAUCCUCCUAACGAGCAGUUCCAGUCCGACUAUCUUCUUCUACAAAACCAGUUCAUGGAUCACAAUCAGCUUCAAGCGAUAACAGAGUCACUCGUUGCCAUGUUGUUCAUACAAUGUGGAAGUCACGCUCCCCAAGCCGACUUCUUACUCUUUGCUCUCCGGACGCUUGCUAGAGCCGGGUUGCUGCGCUCGGAUAUGUUUCUACUCGCCUUCUUCCGGGCCGUGGCUAUGGUGGAGUCGAAUCCUGUCGCUGUGACGCAAGCUCAGUCUUCUCCUUUAGUCUCAACGUCUGGGGAACCAUCGACUAAUAUCUUGGUGACACCGUCUUCGGCCAAGAGAGCAUCGGUUUGGCUGCGUCCGCUGGUUUGCAACGUCAUGGGCGCUGCUCUGGAGGCCGAGUUGAGGCCAGUAGCGUCUUUCGACAUGCUUUACCUCACCGUGCAGUGGAUCAACGACGUUGCUAGCGGAAGCGAGGGAUCGCUCAAAGACGUAACUUGGCUAGACAAUUGUCUCGAAGUUUUGCGGAUGCUGAUAGACGAGAGGAAAUGCCGAGUGCCAUUCUACGCUCUUCUGCACGACCAGACGUUGCUCCAAGCGGACUAUUGGCCUGAGAAUGAAGCGCUCCUGGGACUCUUUCUCGAUCUGCAUCGGAGGCGUGACAGGAUUGCUUUACACAUGCUCAUGUUUGAUCAUCACUUGCAGUGUCCAACCUUUUCAACACUGAGAUCCACAGCGUUGACUUAUGCAGGGGCGAUGGGAGAAGCUCUGUAUGGAGAGGAAGUUGCUGCUUCCGUUCAGCGUGACAGCCUAGAUUAUGAGAAGGCAUUGCGGUGUCUUAAACACGGCCUACGAACAAAUCCAUCCGCCGACAUUUGGAGGCGUGUUUUGUUAUGUGCUCCACGGCACCGGCAGCAGCAGCAGCCUGUCCCUCCCAGACCGGGGCCUAACACUUCGUGGACACAGCCGGGGCUAGUUUUUAACUCGGAAAUGACUUGCGAGGCUGUAGUGGAAAGAAUUAUGGAUCUUAUGCAGCCUAUUUCUACGGGGAGCCCUGCCUUCAGCGCGACAUCCACAACAGAGUCGGGGAGAUGGCAGGAAUGGCUCAACUUUGCUGACUUGUUCUACUAUUUUAUGCGGAGAGGCUACCUGGAUUUUCUUGAGUUUAUUGAAAAGCUGGCCGGGGCUUUUGCAAGUGGAGAGCAGAGUAUACAACGGAGCAAUCAUGUCACCUGGUUGCUUGCACAAGUAUUUCGCCUCGAAACCGUCACACAGGCUCUGAGUGAGGACGAGGACUCGAGAAAGGUGGAGACUGCUCAAAAGAUACUGUCGUUUCACAUGGCCGACCGCUCCGUGGAUCAUAGCAAUGCUGUAUCUCCUCAGGCGAAGCUUUUGGAUUACGUGGGAAGCAGUCAGAUUUUACGACUCUGGGCAUUGAAUCGAACUGUGAUGGAGCAUUUGGUGGGAAAUCGAAUGCCAGAGCACAUUCAGAAAGGGAAAACAAUUGAUGAAUGGUGGAAGAAAGUUUUGAAAGGAGAACGCUUUCUAGACUAUGCUAACCUGGAUGACAACUCCAUGGGAAUGGUGUGGGUUUUAUCACACACCAUGACGCAACCCGUGGCUGACGCUGUGAUGAAUUGGAUGCGGUCCAACGGUGUGGGGGAGGUUCUUGUUGGAAAUGAAAGAAUAGCGGUGGUUCACGAGACAAGCCCGCUUCCGAUUGCCAUGCUGUCUGGGUUAUCUCUUCAUCUUUGCAUGCGGCUUAUACAACAAAUUGAGGAACAAAUAUUUGCUGGUCAGAUGGUACCAAGCAUAGCAAUGCUGGAAACGUACGUGCGCUUGCUUCUUGUCGCACCACAGACAUUAUUCCAGCAUCACCUGAACGGAAUGAUGCAAAAGUACCAAAGCGGUGCAGCAAAAGCAGGAAUUUCGCUUAUUCUUCUUGAGCUUCUCAACUAUCGUUUGAUGCCCUUGUACAGGUUCCAUGGAAAACUGAAGCAGCUAGUGUUUGAUAUGGCUAAGAUUAUAAUUCCAAUGAAGGCCAAACGUGGAGACCACCGACUCUUCCGUCUUGCAGAAAACCUUGGAAUUAACCUUGUUCUUUCAAUGAAAGAAGUUUUGCUUAUAAAGAAGGAGAAGGGUGCCACGACGGAAUUCACGGAAACUUUGAACCGAAUUAUGGUAGUAAGUCUCGCUAUUACUAUCAAGACCCGGGGCAUUGCAGAAUUCGAGCAGCUACUUGUUCUACAAACUGCGUUAGAGCAAAUACUUGCGAAUAGUAAACAUACAUGGUCAGAGAAGACAAUGCGGCACUUCCCGCAGACGCUUCGUGAAGUUCUCGCUUUAAGAUCUGAUGGAAGACUGCUAACUCUUCAAACUUGGCAGCAGGUUGAGACUACUGUUUUGCACCAGUGUCAACAGCUUCUUGCAGGUGACCCAGCAUUUGCCAUGUCGUUUGUAAAUCACAGUUUUCCUCCACACCGUCCGUUCCUCUGUGCCGCCGCCUGGGUUUUGAUGGAUUGCCGUCCUGAGAAUUUCAACUGUGGAAAUCUUGGUAAGGCGUUGAAAGAGCUGUCACCUGAAGACGUAACCUCGAAUAUCUACACGCUUGUUGAUAUCCUACUUCAUCAUAUGCACCUCCAGCUACAGCACGGACACUCGCAGCAGGAUCUUCUGUUGAGGGCCAGUGCUACGUUAACUUAUCUCGUAUGGUCCCAGGAAAUAUUACCAUUUGACAUACUGCUUUUGGCGCUGCUAGACCGUGACGAUGACAUUCAUGCGCUACGACUAGUGGUUAGUUUGCUCCUUGAUCGCAAGGAGUUUCAGCAGCUUAGAGUUCAGAAUUACUGUCGGCAGCAUGGUCAGCAGGAGCACUGGCUGCAUCCGGGGCCUUUCCAACGUGUAGAGCCGCCACAGGCCCUUGGAAAUCACUUGGCUGGAAAGGAGAGGUACCCUGUAUUCUUCGAUGACAUGGCUUUGCGCGCCUUGCCUGUCAUCCACCUUGUUGUCUACCGCCUGAUAGAAAACGACGCCACGGACACCGCAGAACAUGUUUUGACUGCAUACUCUCCUUUGCUACGUUACCAUCCUACUCGUUUCACAUUUGUGCGUGAUACUCUUGCCUACUUCUAUGGUCAUCUGCCGAACAAGCUUAUCUUGAGACUGCUGAGCAGCCUAGACAUUGCGAAGAUGCCGGUGUCGGAGGCGUUUAUUCGGAUACUCAACACUGGAACGCCUCCAUAUGACUACUACGUAACAAUGCUCUUGAAUCUGGUAAACAACGUAAUCCCCUCGUUCACUAACAAGCCAAGAACGUCAUCCCCGACAAUGGAAAGUUUUAGCACGACGCGAUCAACUACGCCUGGCAAGAGCCCGGCAUCAUCUACCAAUUCGACUGACAAUCACAAGGCGUUUUAUCACCACCAGGAUCCUGGAAGCUACUGCCAACUUGUCCUGGAAACCUGUGUCAUCGAGCUACUAUCUUUGCCAACACCUCCAGCGCAGGCAGUAGCAAUGCUCGUCCAGAUAGCAGUUCGUGUUCCAACACCUCCUUCUCAGGCUUACGCCUCAGCUUCACAGUCAGCAGCUCCACGGAGUCCCCUGUUGCCAACGUCUCCUCCAUCAGCAUGCACGGCAGAAAGCUCCACUCCGUCUUCUACCUCCGUCUCAACCGGCCAAACGAUCUCGCCUUUCAUAUCUCCGCAAGUGAUCCAAGCUUGCGGCCUUCUUUUGGCUCAGCUACCCAGACAAUUCCACGAUGUGUUCUACAAGGAAGUGGCACGUAUACUCAAGGACUGUUGGUGGCUCAAAGAUCCAAAGAAAAGUCCCAAGGAGAUGGAUGCUGCUUUCGGCUAUUCGGUAUGGGACCCCUCUUGGGCGGUUCAAGACGGGACGUCAAGUGUGAUAGGGAAUGCGGCCGCUUUGUUCCAUGCAUUCACGGCCAACAUAUCUUUCGAGUGGCUUGAAAACACGCACGACGUCGUCAAUUUGCAAAGGCCGAUGACCACAGUCGCGCAGCUGCGGCUCGCGUUUCGGAUGUUGGGACCGUUAGUGCCGCGCUUCGUGAUCUCACGACCUCUGUUCGCAAAGACUUUAGCAUUGCUAUUCACAAUGCUCGCAGAGGUGUUUGGCCGAAACGCCCAAGUUCACGACGUCACCGAAAUCACCGAUCUAGUAGAUUUCAUGCACCAUGUUGUAAUGCUGGAAGCACAGCAGGCCGGUGGAAAACCAAGGCCCGACACUCUCGGCCUCUGCAACAAAGCGGUGGAGCGCUUACAUCCCGACGUACAACACUUGUUCCAGCAUCUUACGGUAGAUCCCCAGCGAUCGAUUUACGCUGCCACUCAUCCCAAGAUCGCUCAAAGGCCACUCUCAUGCUUCGCUACAACGACGUAAAACACACACACAAACACACACACACACAGAGUACUACUAUCAAUUCAGACUUUGAAAAACCGCCCGCCUUUCUGUCCAACUCCCGUCCCAGCGAGGCUGGCAGCGAGGAGAGAUCUCGUAUCAGGCCGCCACUUAAACUCCUUCAGCGAAGCAAAGCAAUU